CCGACCCAGCCGAAACCGGCUGAAUUCGGGAGGCCAGAGCCCCCCCGCCGGAUCGGCCCCGCCCGCCCCACAGAGCACGAUGAAUCUGCGUUCUGUAUUUACUGCAGAACAACAAAGGAUAUUGCAGCGUUAUUAUGAAAAUGGAAUGACAAAUCAGAGUAAAAAUUGCUUUCAGCUCAUAUUACAGUGUGCACAAGAAACUAAGCUGGACUUCAGUGUAGUCAGGACCUGGGUUGGUAACAAAAGAAGAAAGAUGAGCAGCAAGAGUGUUGUGGAUUCUGGAGGUACUCCAUCAGGCACUGUUGCCAGCUCUCUGACCCUGCCUCCGGAAGUGGCAGUCCGCAACGUGGUCAGCAUCGCUCGUUCCCAAAGCCAGCAGUCAUCUUGGACAUCCUCCAACAACGAUGUCAUAGUAACUGGUAUAUAUAACCCAGCCAGUUCCUCUGGCAGACUGAUGUCUACUAAGCAGACUAAUGCUUUGAUGAGCAAUAUGCAUAAAAGCUCUCUUCAGAGGCCACCUGGAAAAAGUGACCCAGAAUUUCAGCGGCAGCACAUUGCUGUGGCCCGGCAAGCACCUCAUUGUAAAAAUGCCUCACUGUUCCUAGGAGAAAAAACAAUUAUCUUGUCAAGGCAAACGAGUGUGUUGAAUUCAGCGAACUCCAUUUAUAACCACACUAAGAAAAGUUACGGUGGUUCUUCAGUUCAGACCGCGGAGCUGGUUUUACCUCAGAAGCCCGUAUUGUGCCACAGACCAUGUAAAGUGGAGCAAAUGGGGUGUCAACGGCUACAGAAACCAGAACAUCCAAUCCUUGCCUCACACAUCCCGUCUGGACAAAGGGCUAAUAUUAGGGACCCUUCCUGUAGCACGCACAACUUGGAAAUCCGUGAGGUUUUUUCCCUUGCUGUUACGGAUCAACCUCAGCGAAUACUGGGUGGAAAUGCACCAAAGUCAUCUUCAGGAGAAGGCAGUAGUCUAUCCAUUGCCAUGGAAACGGGGGAUGUUGAAGAUGAAUAUACUAGAGAAGAAGAAUUGGCCUCAAUGGGGGCUCAGAUACAAAAUUACUCAAGGUUAAGUGGCUCGUCCCUCAGAGCUGAGAAUCCAAGCACAGGUUUGUCUGGGUCGGGAAGAAGUGUCAGCUGCAGCUCACACGUGGUAAAUACCAGGGACUUGCAUGACAAUAUCAUGUAUCAUAAUAGAAACUACCACUUGCCUCCACGGACCUCCUUACACACUACAUCCAGUACACUGUACAGUAAUUCUUACCCAUCAAGAAGCAACCUUUCGUCUCAUUUUGCAGCAUCCAAUCAACUAAGGCUAUCUCAAAACCAAAAUAAUUAUCAGAUUUCAGGAAACCUUACUGUGCCUUGGAUUACAGGGUGUUCCCGAAAAAGAGCACUACAGGACCGUACACAAUUCAGUGACCGGGAUUUAGCUACCCUCAAGAAAUAUUGGGACAAGGGAAUGACCAGCCUUGGUUCAGUUUGCAGAGAAAAAAUUGAAGCCGUUGCUGCGGAGUUGAAUGUUGACUGUGAAAUAGUAAGGACCUGGAUUGGGAAUCGAAGACGGAAAUAUCGUCUGAUGGGAAUUGAAGUCCCUCCUCCUCGAGGUGGCCCUGCUGAUUUUUCCAAUCAGUCUGAUUCCAGCAGUAAAUCAAUACCCAUUCCAGGAGACGAUGCAUCAACGGAUGUGGGCGAUGAUAAUGACAGAAACGACGAAGUCUCAAUCUGCUUAUCCGAAGGAAGUUCACAAGAAGAACACAGUGAAGUUCUUCAGAGUGAAGACAUAGGUCACAAAGAGGAGGACCAGACUACUGUAUCUACCGAUAAUGUGAAAAUAGAAAUCAUAGACGAUGAAGAAAGUGAUAUGAUAAGUAAUUCUGAAGUGGAUCAGAUGAGCUCUCUUCUGGACUACAAAAAUGAAGAAGUUAGGUUCAUGGAAAAUGAACUGGAGCAUCAGAAACAGAAGUAUUUUGAACUACAGACUUUUACAAGGAGUUUGAUACUUGCUAUCAAAACUGAUGAUAAAGAACAGCAGCAGGCACUUCUGGCAGAUUUACCUCCAGAGUUAGAAGAGAUGGAUUUUAGUCAAGCAUCUCCAGAACCUGACGAUACCUCAUUCAGCUUGUCUUCUUCAUCGGAGAAAAAUGCCUCAGACAGUUUGUGAUGUUCCAUCAAAGGAAAUAAUACAGCGUAGUUUGCUUAACAUGUAUGUUUUGAACUAAUUACGUUUUAGCCAGUACCCUUAAAUAUGAAGGGCAGGGAUGGGGUGGGGGUGGGAGGCGGACUAGCAACCUUGUGUAGUGGCUUGGUUGAUAGUAGCCACAGUUUUGGAACUUUGUUUUUGAUGGAUGUGAAAGCUGCUUGAGAAAAAGACAUUAAGCUUCUAACAGCUGUGCCUCAAUGAUGGUACCUUUAUAAUUGUCAGAAUUAACUGCAUUAUUAACUAAGCCCUGAAAGGAACAGGGGAUCAAGAAUGGAAGAAAAGCAUCCGGCUAUUUUAAUAAUUGGGUGGGGCCUAUCAGUCCUGUUUAGUGUGAUGUUUGCUGCCUCUGUCUCUUUCUCCCCCCUCCCCAACACCUCUCUUGCCCCCUUCUCUCAGGUAGGUGAACUGAUCCUUGGAAAUUAUGGGCUCGAAGAGGUCAGAGGGCAAAAACUGAGCCUUCACAAAAAUGAUGGUGCAAACCAGGGAUCAAGCAAAAGAAGUGCUUUAGUGGUAUAUGAUGAGUAACAGUUGUAUCUCCUCUUCUUUCCCCUUUCCCCAAUAUAUGGAACAUUAUUGGAAAACUAAAUCUAUCCAUUUGAUCAGACUAAUAAAUGGUUUUCUGUAUAACAGCAGACAGAAGCUCUGGGUGAAAACAGGCGCCUCAUAUAUGCUUAAUUUGUUGGGAGAAGUAGCAUUUUUACAGAAGUAAGGGUACUCAACAAAGCUUGGCAAUAACUCUGGGGUAAUGGCCACAAUACUACAGUGCGCAGUUCCUGAAGGUAUGUUGACUUCUAUGGCUUAUCUUCAAGAAAAACUGGUUUAUGAGCAAGCUUCAAGUGACGCCUGUUCAGAGACCUGGUUUUGUAAUUCGAAGUAGAGUCCCCCUCACCCCAAUCCAACCCCUUGGCAACAAGAACUGGGAGUCAGAGGAGCUGGGGGGCGGGGUAUUCAAGCUUGAAUGUCUUUCUCUUCCAGACACACAAUUAACUUGAGAGCAGGUGGGCUAUGAAAUUCCCAAGAGAAGCACAUCAGGUACUAGUUCUUACAUGAACUAGGAUUUUUUUCUUAAACUUUCACCAUUGUCCAAAAAAACCACACCCUGACUCAUGAAUUCCCCUUGGUGUAUUGUCUCCAAAUGGCAAAUGCUUUUAUGAGGUCCUUUCUCAGAAGUCGCUUCCUUCACUCAUUAGGCAGCUGUAAGUCAGCGUCAAACUGAGCUCCUGGAUGAAUGUGUUCGAGUCAUUCCUGCGUCUGAAUAGGCUGAAAUCUUGAUGCGCAUCAGCUGUUCAAAAUAACGAUACUUGCUCGUCCAAUUUGUCUCUUUUUUUCCCCCUCUUAUUUUUCCACCAGCGCAGAGGAUUGAUUCUGUUAACUGUGGCCAUUUUCAGGAUUUUGAUUUACAGCUCCUUUUUCUUCUGUCUUUAAUUGGAUAAUGAAAAUGUUGGAGACAAAUUUCUGUUGCCACGAGAAAGUAGGAAAGAAAUGACAGCCGUCAACAGUUGCUUUGACACAGUGGCACAGACUGUAAAAAGCCACCGCUUCUCCUCUUCUUUCAGAAUCAUGAAUCCCAGUAACUGAAACUGCUGCGCGAGAUCAGUCAUCCUACUCCUACAACAACCUUGCAGACAGUUGCUCAAACUUGCUGGUGCCCUCCAUCUUCUGCCCAUUAACUCCCCUCCUUAUUUCUCCUCCUCCCUCCCCUGUUUUUAUUGUCCAUUCUCUUACUAACUACCUUUCCUAGUUUGAAACAUCUUUAGCCAGCUAUAUGGCCAGUCCAAAUUGUUCACAUCUGGUCUUGUUUUUCUGCCUUGGGGGAAGGGUCAGUCUUGACUGUGUUACUCUGUUGAGCUCCGUAGGGGAAACCUCCACUCCAGUUGCUGUGGGGCUAGUCCCUGUUGCACCGAGGCUGAGCAAAGGGUUGGUGAGAUCUCUCAAGUCUGGAGAAAGGGGGGGGAUUUUUCCGAAAUGCAAAAUGCAUUUUCCUGUAGUGGGCAGCGCACACUUACAGAUCUUGGCCAAGACAGAAAUGUGAAUGUCUACCAACCUAGAAAGAUCGUUGUUGUAGUCAAGAGGGAAGAAGGUGCUGCAACUAAACAUCUUACCCCAGGUCAGGAAGCAAUUACUCCUGUGUGAAAAUGAUAAAAUUUUUAACAUAAACCUGCAUUUUUUAAACUGUUCGGUAUUAUUGCCGUUUGCAAAACUCAGCGGUAGGGGGGAGGGUUAAAAAGCUACCAAGGCUUUCAAUCCUCUAGAAAUCCCUCUGGCUUAUGAGCAUUCAGGCAUUGCCCAGUCAUUUUCCAGCAUAUCUUUACAGCCUCAAGAACUGGAAACUUGCUUUGAAAAAAAGAAGCACUCAUCAGAACCUCUGAUUCUGUGCCCACUGCCAUGAUGUGUGCUUUUGCUAUACUCCUAUAGUGCAUUCAGACAGCCCCUGGAGGGAAGGGUACCCAAUAGACCUGGAGAAGGUGCCUGAAAUAGGAGCAGGGUUAAAUACUUUCCGUAGUGGCAGGAAAGAUUAGGGAGUUGGGCGGGAGGAAGACAGGCCAAGAUACUGGAUUGUGCCAGUGGAAAAGAGGGGUUAAAAGUAUUUUUGGACAGUGUAAGAAACUAGGUGGGGGAAGAAGAAAUGCACCCACUAUGGAUCAGUUCAGACAUAAUGCAGAGCCAUGGUUUAGUUUAUCUGUGGUUAGCUUAUGAAGCCAGCUAGGUGAUCAAUGAAUCAUUGCUUGUUUAAUUUCCUCGUGGCUCCCUCUUUUUCCUCACACACACUAGCCCCAUCAGAGAUCUGGUUGGUAUCCCAGCCCUCCUUGUAGAAUCCUGCAGAGAUGGAAAAGCCUUACUGCGUUUUCAGCUUACUACUGGCCUGAGCAGCAAGUGGGUGGAGAAGUGUCAGCCACAGCUGAGCCAUACCCACUACCCUCCCUAGCCAAGGAAAUUGCAAGGCUUUCACAGCAAUCCCACACACCCAGGAGAAUAACCUGUUGCAGAUUUCAGCAUACUCCAUGCAUAUUUAUGCAACCAAAUGCACCCACCCAUGCCAUACAUCAGCGAUCGCUGAAUAGCUCAGGAGCGAUAUUCCCCAUUGUAGCACCUGCCCUAUGUUUCAAGAAGGUCGGCAAGGCUCUUGCUUGGUGGUGUUUGUGCUUGGCAGGUGGUUCCCACCCUGAAAUCACCAUCACUAGGGGAAUGGGUAAGCUGCAAGCCUCCAUGAGGCCCAAGCUUCAUGUUAGGAAUGGAAGUAAAAUGUGGCUCUUUUCAUUGAUGGUAAUUGCGAAAGUGGCUUUUCACAGCUAUACAGGAUGCUUCAGCAGAUACUUUACCUAUCGUGCCCCCACUGCAAUAUCCAGCUUUUCAUUCCUGUACCCGAGCAGGUUUUGGAGUUCACACAAGAUUUUACCUGGCAGCCACAUACCUAGAGGAUUCGUACACAGAGUCCAAAACCCCAACAAAAUACCUGGAAGAAUCCACAUGCUGCAAACUAGUUUCCACUCAUGCACAAGUAAAUUGCAUUAAAUGAACUUUACUAAAGAGGACAAACAGGAGGAGCUGUGCACACUUUCUUGGGUAGGCUUGAUAUAAAAUGGGGAAAGAGAUUUGAGUGGGGGUGCAUGCAGAGAAACAGCCCUGUUAGCUUUCCCUACCCCCCCCCACACACACACCUGCCACAACUCCAUUGUUUUAGUGAAAUAGAAGUGAAUGGGGGUUUGCCUAUAUUGCUUUGUUCCUGGAGGAGAGCAGUCAAGAGAACCAGGGUUCCUAUUGGCAUUGCUUUCCCCCCUAUAGA